AUGAGAAACCAUACAAUAACAACCUUCAUUCUCCUGGGACUAACAGAUGAUCCACAACUUCAGAGUCUGCUGUUAAUCUUUCUCUUUUUUACCUAUUUAUUGAGCUUAACUGGGAACUUGGCUAUCAUCUCACUUACAAUAAUGGAUUCUCACCUUAAGACACCAAUGUACUUUUUCCUACAAAAUUUUUCUUUCUUAGAAAUCUUAUUCACAUCAGCUUGUAUUCCCAGAUACUUGUAUAACCUAUCAACGGGUGACAAGACCAUUACCUACUGUGCUUGUGCCAUUCAAGCCUUUUUUACUGACCUUUUUGGAGUAACUGAAUUUUUCCUCUUGGCCACCAUGUCCUAUGACCGCUACGUGGCCAUCUGCAAACCCCUGCAUUACACGACCAUCAUGAGCAGCAGAGCCUGCAGAAGACUCACCCUUUGCUGUUGGAUGGCUGGCUUAUUAAUCAUACUCCCACCAUUUAGCCUGAGCCAAAAUCUGGAGUUCUGUGAGUCUAAUGUCAUUGACAGCUUUCUUUGCGAUGUGUCUCCCUUCCUGAAAAUUUCAUGCUCAGACACGUGGGUCAUUGAGCAGAUGGUAAUAGCCUGUGCUGUGUUGACCUUCAUCACAACCCUUUUUUGUGUCGCUCUCUCCUACAUAUAUAUCAUCAAGACUAUUAUAAAAUUCCCUUCUGCCCAGCAAAGGAAAAAAGCCUUUUCUACUUGUUCUUCCCACAUGAUUGUGGUUUCCAUCACCUAUGGAAGUUGUAUCUUUAUCUACAUCAAACCUUCAGCAAAGGAAUCAGUGGAUAUUAACAAGGGUGUGAUCGUGCUCACUACUUCCAUUGCUCCUAUGCUCAAUCCCUUCAUUUACACACUGAGGAACAAGCAAGUCAAACAAGCCUUCAAUGACUCGCUCAAAAGAAUCGCCUUAUCUCCCAAAAAAUAA